UAAAGACACGUCGUUGGUACAAGCCACAAUGACGGAAACCAAAAGCAAACCUACAAUCGAACGUGGUGGAUCGGCAGGAACCCAAUGUAGCGCUCUGACGCGGGAAUAUUGCUCUGCAGGCCUAUGUAUUGCUUGUCAGCCUCCCUUCCGGUGAUGCUGGGAGUGGCAAGCAACUGCUACGGUCGCUGCCGGCCGUCCAAGGGUGUACAUCCGACUCCGUGGCAGUGGCCAAGGAGCAUGAUGCGUGAGAACGUGCAAGGGCUAUUGCGUUGAAUACUGCUGGCGACAUUCGGGAAAAAAAUGAAUGAAUUUCGUGGCGUGCGAUAGUGAACGACAAAGCAGCUUGAAAGAUAGCAGGAAAGGAGAAAAAGGGCGGAUUAUGGAAGAGAAAGAGAGUGGCUGAGGCCGUAAUAGUGCCGUGCGUCCCGGCCAAACAAAUAAGGGUCCGUUGGGCAGCGUCUCCCUCUUUCGCAAGUCGUUCUGGUGUCGCACUCUCUAUCAGGCUGAUAAACCUCUCUCUUCCUCUCUUUCUUCUCUACCACCACCACGUCGACCACUAUCACCCAGACGAUGCAGGCUGCGGUGCAACAUCAUCUUGCACCGCAGGUGCUUCCACAGUACACUCUCAACCGCAAUGCUCCCAACGGCAAUUCCAGCGCCAUACCCACCCCCCCAGUCGCCACGCGCAAGCGCAAGCGGGCCCACCAGUACACUGUUUCAUACAGCGAGGUCCAGGAGGUUGACAGUGCUGGCAGGCUGCGAGAGGUCAUCGUCAUCGAGGACACUCCUCCACCUUCAACAGUGUCCCCAUCGACGACUCAUAUGUUUUCAGCCUCAUACCAGCCGCCGAUCUAUUCCGCACCCAUCAGGACGAGAGCCAGGGCGGCCGCUGAAGCUCAAGCAUUGUCUGCCAGUACAUCUUCUGGUCACUCUGCCUUACUUCCGCCCCCACCUGCCAAGAAGCGGAAGAGGGAUGUUGAGCUUGCUGGCACCGCAACGAAGAAGCCUGCUGUCAAUGGCCAUCUCCAACCUGCGAGCACUAACAAAUCGUGGGCGACGGGUAGCGGCGCCCCGACUGAAGAUGCAUCGAAAGGCCCCGUGCCGUGUGACGAUAAAGAGGGACACUACAUUAUAGUCCCGGAUGACAUGAUCUACAAGCGUUACCGCACUGUCCGUUUGCUCGGUCAGGGCACAUUCGGCAAGGUCGUCGAAGCUCUCGACACCGAAACGAACAAACGAGUUGCCAUCAAAAUUAUUCGUGCCAUUCCAAAGUAUCGCGAUGCGAGCAAGAUCGAAGUUCGUGUAUUACAAAAGCUGAAAGAACGAGAUCCGACGAAUAGACAUAAAUGUAUCCAUCUACUGCACUGGUUUGACCAUCGGAACCACAUAUGCCUCGUUUCCGAGCUCCUGGGGAUGUGCGUGUACGAUUUCUUGAAGGAGAACGACUUCGCCCCUUUCCCACGCCAUCAUAUCCAAUCCUUCGCACGACAACUUCUGGGAAGCGUUGCCUUCCUUCACGAGCUACAUCUCAUUCAUACCGACUUGAAGCCGGAAAAUAUCUUAUUGGUUAAUAACGGUUACAAAUACGUUAGUAUACCUAUACCUGGAAAGCGAGGUAAUCCCGUGAAGAUGAAGCGUAUACUUGACGACACAGAUAUUCGUCUUAUUGAUUUUGGCUCAGCCACAUUCGAGGAAGAGUACCAUUCGAGUGUGGUUUCGACUCGCCACUACCGUGCGCCGGAGAUCAUUCUAGGUUUGGGUUGGUCGUACCCUUGUGAUGUGUUCUCGCUGGGAUGCAUUCUGGUUGAAUUCUACACCGGCGUGGCCCUCUUCCAAACACACGACAACCUAGAGCACCUAGCUAUGAUGGAGCAAGUUAUGGGCAAGAUGCCAGAACGCUUUGCAAGAGCGGGUGCGAGGUCGAAACCGGAGUACUUCAAGGAGGGAAGCAAGCUCGACUGGCCAAAGCCCAAGGCAACGCGACAAAGUAGAAAAGAAGUUCGAGCUUGUCGAAGCCUCUCGGAUAUAAUCCCUCCAACCGAUAACAUUAACCGCCAGUUCUAUGACCUAGUGAAGAAGCUUCUUACCUUCGACCCUGCGCAGAGGACCACUGUUAAGGAUGCCUUACAGCAUCCGUACUUCAAGCUUUCCGUGGCGAACGAAUCUUGACAUGGUCUUCGCAUGUCGCACUCUUCUUCGUCACCGGCCUGCGGCCUUCCUUACAUUUACAUCUUCCUUCAUUCCAUAUUUUGGACUAGGGUCGGUUACAUACAAGUUCAAGUUGUUCCCCCGCUAUCCAUUCAUUGUAUAUCUCCCGUUUUAUAUUGUGAUAUUUCAUUGCUCAUUCUUCAACACUUCGUCUCCAUCAACCCCCUCCUUUUCUACGGGCUGUGCAUCGUUAUCUUUUCCAACGCUUUGUUUAUGACGUCUUUUGGAGGUCCUCGCCUGGGUCGGGUUUCCGCUUCCUCUCCUAUCCUUGCCUCGUCUCAGUCCGCUGUCGUAUCUUGUUCUCGACUCUCCCCUAUGUACAACACCAUGCAAUAGUGCGUAUUUCCUGUUUCCUGUUUUCGUGCAUAUGUGAUACAUCGACUCAACCCAUAGUUAUGACGAUUCUUGUAAUCUUUCAUCACCCAUUUUGCAUUGAAGACCUUUUUCUUCUUCCCCUCUCUUUUGCCUUUUCCUUGUGGUAUAAUCAUCGAUCCUAGCGGCGACACCCUCCCUCAUCCCACUCUUGUGUAUUUAUCCCUCAUCUGGCUUAUAGGCCUCCUUUGUGUCGUUACUGAACAGAAAUAGACUGGAUCGCAAAUCUACUGUACUUCCCAAGACUCAUACUUCUCUGACAAUUUGCAAAUUGACCCAUGCCAGUGUCGAUAAAGAGAGUUGGUUUCCAACCUCGCAUCUCCUUUUCUUCCUUUUCUGAAUAAAAAUAGUAUAGACUGGGGGCGUGACCAG